GGGUCUCUGUUGAAACUUUCAUGUUUUGCCAUGGGAUAUUGAAAUGGAGUUGACUUUCCCUCUGAACCUCAGUUCAGCAGACUCCAGGCACAGAUCAGUAGAUAAAUGACAGGGGCAGCAUCCACCCUGUGGGAGGCUACAUGUGCUCUCCAUUAAGCUGUCAAAAAGACUGAGAGAGGGAUCCUUGUCUCAGUGAAAUCACCUUCAGUCUUGCGCAAACCUCUGCAAAUUUUCCUUUUUCAUCUUGUUGGCUGUCAAAUAUCAUUGUUUUUCAUCCCUUGUUCUGCAUCAUGCUGCAUCCAGUUUCCAUCUACUGUGUCUUGUCCACCUUGCUCUGCAUGUGGGCACUGUGCAACACCCAGUCAGACUCCAGCACCCCUGCGAUCCAGCUACGCCUGGCUGGGGAGAAGAAAAAACCACACGAGGGCCGGGUGGAAGUUUUAUACAAUGGCGAGUGGGGAACAGUGUGUGAUGAUGACUUCUCCAUCUACGCUGCCAGAGUGGUGUGCAGAGAGCUUGGCUUUGUGGAUGCCGAAUCCUGGUCACCCUCAGCCAAGUAUGGAAGAGGAGAAGGCCAGAUCUGGCUAGACAAUGUGCACUGCAGUGGUGGAGAGAAGAGCCUGGCUCAGUGUGAGUCCAAUGGCUUUGGAGUGUCUGACUGCAAACACUCAGAAGAUGUUGGGGUGGUGUGCAACCGGAAGCGCAUUCCAGGUUUCAAGUUCAUCUGGAACCAGGCCAAUAGUGAGCAGGGUUUGACGGUGCAGGUGGAGGAUGUGAGGAUCAGGGCCACAUAUUCCCACAGGAAAAGAGUUCCCAUCACCGAGGGCUUUUUGGAGGUGAAAGAUGGUGGCAGGUGGAGACAGAUCUGUAAUGAGGAGUGGACAGAAAUGAACAGCAGAGUCAUCUGUGGCAUGCACGGCUUCCCCGGGGAGAAACGCUUUAAUACACGACCCUACAAAUUGCUCGCCAAACGUCGUAAGAAGAACUACUGGGGCUUCUCUGUCAACUGCACAGGUAACGAGGCCAACCUGUCAGAUUGUAAACUGGGUCGGGAGAUUGAGCUGAAGGGCAACAGCACCUGUGGAAAAGGCAUGCCCGUAGUGGUCAGCUGUGUGCCUGGACGUGCAUUUGCACCCAGCGUCAGCAUUGGCUUCAGGAAGGCAUACAGAGUGGAGCAACCCUUGGUACGAUUAAAAGGAGGAGCUAUGAUAGGCGAGGGGCGAGUGGAGGUCUUGAAGAAUGGCGAGUGGGGGACAGUGUGUGAUGACAGCUGGAACAUUCAAGCUGCCACUGUGGUGUGUCGAGAGCUGGGAUUUGGCAGUGCUAAAGAGGCCCUGACCAGUGCCCGACUGGGACAAGGGAUUGGACCAGUCCACAUGAAUGAGGUGGAGUGCUCUGGGUUUGAAAAGUCACUGACAGAGUGCCGCUUCAACCGUGAUGCCCUCGGCUGCAGUCAUGAGGAGGAUGCAGCGGUCAUAUGUAAUGUUCCUGCCAUGGGCUUCCACAAUAGACUUCGGUUAAAUGGUGGCCGUAACCCCUAUGAGGGCCGUGUGGAGGUCCUGGCAGAGAGGAACGGCUCUCUGGUGUGGGGCACAGUGUGCAGUGACAGCUGGGGGACCAUGGAGGCCAUGGUGGUGUGCAGACAGUUGGGCUUGGGGUUUGCCAGCCAUGCUUUCCAGGAAACAUGGUAUUGGCAAGGAGAUUCAUCAGCUGAUGCCUUGGUGAUGAGUGGAGUGAGAUGUUCAGGAACUGAGCUGACUCUGGAUCAGUGUUUACAUCACGGAAAAUACAUCCACUGUGCCAAAGGAGGUGGACGUUUUGCUGCUGGGGUAUCCUGCACUCGGACGGCCCCAGACUUGGUUCUCAGUGCUCAGGUUGUAGAGCAGACCAGCUACCUGGAAGACAGGCCCAUGUACGCACUGCAGUGUGCCCAGGAGGAGAACUGUUUGUCCAGUAGCGCUGACAAAACAGACUCCAGCUCCUACCGCCGCCUUCUUCGCUUCUCCUCCCAGAUCCACAACAAUGGCUUGGCAGACUUCAGGCCACGGGCAGCACAGCACUCCUGGAUUUGGCAUGAAUGUCACAGGCAUUACCACAGUAUGGAGGUUUUCACACACUAUGACCUGCUGAGCCUGAAUGGCACCAAAGUGGCAGAGGGACACAAAGCCAGCUUCUGUCUGGAGGACACCCACUGUGAUGAAGGUAUCCAGAAGACAUAUGAAUGUGUAAACUUUGGAGCACAGGGCAUCACAGUGGGUUGCUGGGAUACCUACAGACAUGACAUUGACUGUCAGUGGAUUGACAUCACAGAUGUGAAGCCCGGUGACUACAUCUUGCGGGUUGUGAUAAACCCCAACUAUGAAGUUGCAGAAUCAGAUUACACAAACAAUAUUAUGAAGUGCCGCUGCCGGUAUGAUGGACAGCGGAUAUGGACAUACAACUGCCGUACAGGUGGCUCAAUGAGUUCAGAAGCAGAGGAAAUGUUCCCUGGACUGCUGACCAACCAGCUUUCACACAGGUAGACCCUGGGAUGGACAACACUGACAGACAUCAGGGAAACACAUAUUUGACAACCACUAGAGGGAGCUGUACUCUUUUGCCUUCCUUGGAGCAGUGCUGGAUUGUUGUUGAGCUCAGGAUUCACCUGGUACAAUGGAUGAUGACUCUGUGAUAAAACUGCUUGCUUACAAAAUUUAUAAGCCACAUUUAGCUGUACAAGGAUUUUUUUUUUUUUUAAUCUUAUUGUCUCUUGCCUUUGUCAGUAAAAUUAGGUUUUGACCGGGCACCUACGGGGAGAGAUGUCAGGCAGGAUUGCAGCCAAAUACAUUAAUUUGUUGUAUUAGACAGUUUGCGUUCUCAGACAGCAUUUCAAGUGUCUGGGGAAAGCCUUCAACCAAAACCCAUAGAUGAGACCAUUACCCUCAUGAUGAGUUCGCUUGGGAUGGAUUAAAAUAUUCUACUACUUAAAUCUGGUGCUACAAAUUGUCUGAAUCUUGCACUGUUAUGUUUUCCCGAAGAGUCAAUGUAUAAAUCACACUUGCGUCUACAGUAUCAGAUAAGACUAACAAGAUAAUGAAAUCAAUUGCAGUUUGUGUUUUGUGUUUUGACAAUUACUGCAAAGCAACAUGCUACAAUCUAUGGCAACUCGAAACUGCAAUUCAAAGUCGGAUUCAUUUUUGCACUGUCAGAGCUACUCAGGUGCGAAUAUAGUAGAUGUGCAUUAUUUAUGCCAACAGUUGCUUGGAUGUGUUUCCUGCAGUAAUUCUCACACUAAAGAUUUUCAGUUUUAAACUAAAGUCAGAAUUAAGCUGAGAUGGACUUUUUUUUUCUCCAGGGUUGUGUGUUCUACAUAUUUGAACUCACUUUUGAAAAUGUUUUAUUUAUUCAUUACUUUAGUUGCAAUAGCAUACACACGUUUCUUCAUGAUUUGCCUUUCCCCUCAGCUUAAUUCUGAAUGAGUGCUGUUAAAUUACCAUCAAUCAGGGACUAUAAUAUUAUGGAUGUACUGUAAAAGCCAAAAAUGUAUGUGAAAGACUGUUUUGUAAAAAAAGAAUUUUUGAUGUAGCAUAUUACAAAGACCAUUUUAUAAGGGUGCUUGUUAGUUACUGCCUGUUUUACUGAUAUGCAUGAAAGAAUAUGGAAAGCAUUACAUAGAUUGAAAUAAAAACAAUGAAUGCAGAUACCAAUUUAUAUGGUUUUGU